AUGCAUCGAUUAGCAACAACGAUCGUUCUAAUUGCUCUUCUAUCAUUAUGGAUUGAAAUGACAUUGGCAGCAGCUGGACGUUGUUAUCAAUGUAACUCAAGAAAUCCGUUAUGUGCAACGAUUGCCAAUGCUACACUUAAAAUCGAUAGUACACCAUGCAAUGGACAAUGUUAUACACGUCUGAACGCUAAUGAUGAGUUCACACUUUCUCGCGGUUGUUCAUGGGAAUAUGGUUUUAUGACACCACAAGAAAAAGACAUACUCGUACUCGAUGGACGAUCUGUAUGGAUGUUCUGUGACACGCCCUACUGUAAUGUUGAAGCAACAUCGAUGUUGACUACUGUUUGUUAUCAACCUAUUUGUAAUUAUCUAAACUUUCCAGAAGAUUGUAAAUUACCGAAUGCAGAUGUAACAUGUGGACGUUAUUGUAAGAAUAAGUUAUGCAAUACGACAUUAAUUCGUCGAGCAACUCGUAAUCGUAACCGUAACCGAAAUCGUAGACCGAUUAAAUUGAAUCUAUAA